AUGGACGAGGAGGAUGAAGAUUGGCUCGCGUCGGACCAGGAGAAUGAUGCGCAGGAACGGAGGGGCCAGACAGAGAUGGAACAGCGCGACCGUUUGAAAAUGCAGAAAGACUUUUACAACAUGGGCUACCGCGAAGGACUCGACGAAGGCAAGAUGGAGGCGAUUCAAGCUGGAUUUGACCAGGGCUACAACGAGACUGGCGUGCCUAUUGGCAGUGUGCUUGGAGAGCUGCGUGGAGAGGCAGACGCAGUAGCGUUCCUCCUUGCCGAGCGUUCCUAUGGCAAGGAGCUUGGCGGCACUCAGCACGACGCGCGCGAAAAGCUCGCAGCACUGCGCGCCACACUCGCGCACGCUACAUUGGACGACCUCGCUGAACCUGACUGGGAUAUAGUAGAGCACGAGCUUGCACACCACUCUGCGGAAGACGCACCGACCGCCUUGGCCAAGAUGCAGCAGGCGUACAAUGCACGGCCAGACUUGCUUUCGCAGUACAAAAUCGAACUUGCCGAACUAAUAGUGACCCUCUUGCCGCAAUUGUAA